CUCAUACAGCGCUUUCCGUGCAGGAAUCAUCAAUUCCUGUAGCCUGAGAAUUAGAAAUGUCUGAAGAGCCUACGGCCAAUGGUGCACCACCAGUCCCUCUACGCACCGGCCCGCCGACGAAGGAGGAGCUGGCGUACUACUAUCCAGCAAAGUUCACUUGGAAGCAGCUGAAGACAUUCAUCAACGCAGGUGAUCUUGGUCUGCUCAAACGUGACAAGGCUUUGCAGAAGCGGUAUGAUGCCUGGUCCGCGGGGAUCAAGCAGAAGUAUGGAUCGAUGAUCAACUUCAUCCUCAACUACCGUAUGGAAUGGGGCCAACCUGACUGCUACUCCAUGAUUUCCUCCCAGCUCGACGAACAUCCGCCGCGCUCGGAGCCCCACGACUUCCCCCUCCUUGACAAACCUCGAGAGCUUCCUCCAAUCCCUCCUGGCACCAAACCAUACUUCACCGCAGACGCGCCCCCCGAAGCGAUCUGCAUCACGCAGAAUGACUGGCCGUACUCGGUCCCGCCAGAGAUCGAGCACACCCUCAUCUGGUCCCGCCUCCCCAUGUUUCACCCCGACCUCGUUGACCCUCGGGUCGCGCCCCGUGUAGAAAAGGACGGACUCUGGGGCUUCACCGGAAACACCUCUCCACCGCCUUCGCCAUCCACGCUCCCGUCCGCUCUACCCGCGCUAGCAGAGUGGGGCGUCACCAUGGACAAGCUCGUGAGGUCGGAGAAGCCAGAGGAUCCUGCACAGCGGGCGGAGGAGGACGAGCUGGUGCGUCGCGCGGGCAGCGAGAUCGACAAGUUCGUGCGCCAGCGGUGGAAUGAGCGCGAGUGGGAGACGGCGUGGUUUGUCAAUCCACCGCGCUUGCAGAGCAUACCUGGGCUAGCGCACGUCCAUGUCUUUGCGAGGAAGAAGGGGCCCGAGGAGCAGUAAUUUUCAGAUCCCUGGACAGACUAACACGGACAAUAGAUGUAGAGCGUAGAUCACGAAUAGAUGUACAGUCUAAGCAGGGUUUGCAGUCAACCGAGCUCGCGCAUCUGCGCAAUUCUUCCAAAAAAGGCGAUUGUAGCAACUCAAGACGUCGUAUAAAUCAGCUCUUGCACACCAACCACCGCCCCUCCAGCCCCUCCUUCCUCUUCACGCGCCCUAGCUGCUCCUGCUCCUCCAGCCAACGCGUCAGCUCCUCUGAGCCAGAUUCUCCAUCAUUCGAGUCGGGCC